UCCGUCAACAAAGCGAAAAUGACUUGACUUUGGAAGAAAUUCAUAAGGCCCCGACUAAAGUUCGGAAUAAACUUAUGGUCAGUCAACGUUUUGUUGGAUAUACGUCUGACUUCCGGGAAAACAUAAUUUUAAGUAGCCAGUUGCGACACUGACUCCAUAUGCCGCCCUGAACCCAUUGAGACAUGUCUGGAAGGAGUAAAGGUAGCUCGCACAGCCCCUAUCCCCAAAAGUCGGACUGGUCUGGACGGGAGACCAUUCCUCUGGAUCGCACCUCAUCUUGGAGCAGUCGUACCGAUGGUAGGCCAUAUCAGGAGCGCUGUGUUGAUCCUGUGGAGCCCAAAGUCAAUCAUUACGCGAAAGAACGCAAAGUGCCCCGAAAGGAAACCAAUGGCACAGAGUUCGAGAAAGUGGUCUUUUUACCCGCUCAAACAGAUCCUCCAUCGGAGACACGUGUUUGUGGACCUUGUGCAUCUGUGGCCAGCUGUCGGAGAUUUGUGUGUACCGUGUUGACCUGCGGGCUGUACAGGGUAUGCAGACGCGUGCCUUGUCUGAUGGCAAAUGAGAGUUCACAGGAAGAGCCAAAGAAGGACGAGCCUGUGACCUCUGAUCUGGCAGAGGACGAUUUUUACCCAGAUAUCCGAAUCUGCGGUCGUGAAGUGGAAGCGCCGAGUUUAGACAAAAUGAAAGUCGUCUAUAGUGCUCCUACACGUGAAAUGGACACAUUACCCUUUUACAGGAGCAGCAGUGGUUUGUAUGGUCCUGAUCUGAAUGAGGACGACUGGGGUGACGGUGACGUUGACUCGCUCAUCAACAGGAAACUUCUAGAAGUUUUCACACAGUUUGAGAUCGAUGAAUUGGCCAAGUGUACGUCAGAUUCCAUGUUCUUAAAGCGCUCAAGGGAAAUCAGCCAACUCAUCAACGAAAUUGUCCACGAGCAUAACCUGGAGGAGCAGGAUGCCGAGACUCGCCUAGUGAGGGAGAUCAUCCGUCUCAGCACGCGCAAAAGCAAGAAGAGACCCCCGGUGAGACGGCAGGAAACUCCACCUGACAGUGGCAACGAAACCAUGAGAGCCACGUUCAGCACAGACAGCAACGGCAACCAUCAAGAUGAUAUUGAUUUCCAAAUCUCAAGCGAGACACCGUUUGACAAGCGGGCCAGGCAGAUGAGGGCUAAUGGUGACCAACUUCACUCUCCCACACUCUCUUCUCCGUACUCCCGGAGCUACCGAGAAACCGACACGGACUCGUCUGGGGCUCCUUUACUCCACAAAUACAUCAGCACAUGAAUCCUUGGCUUGCUGCCAUUUCCCUGCCUGGAGACCAUCCGUGGAUCCACAGUGUCCUUUCUAUGAAGGAAGAUGAUGUAGAUUCCUGUUCUUCUCGGUGAGCAAGUAACACUGAAGGAAAACGUCUGCACACUCUGUUUUUCUUUUCAGUGUCACCGGUGGCUGAGAGAAAAAAAAAAACAUAUUUAUUAAGAUUUGGGUUACCUUGCCAUUACCCAGAAAGACUUUUCAAUGGAAGAUUGCUUUAAGCUUUAAGAAAAAGAAAGAAAGAAAAAAAAACUGGAGUUGUGUGGACUACAAACAGAAAACUAAAACC